AGCAGGCAGACAGACAGCUUCAUUUGCAGCCUGGUUUUAGACCUGAACAGACCUACAAUGGCUACUGGUGGACCACACGAGGGAAACAUGGAGGUAUUUUCAGACAUAUAUAAAGCUGAAUUAGACCAAAGGAAUGAGCUUUUACAAAGAGAAUUACGAGAUCUGGAAGUCAAAAAACUAGUUUUUGGUAACCAGGAACGCGACUUUGAACAAAGGGUGGAUGCGUUUGAGAAAAACAUAGCUCGCAUCAGGGAAAGUCUCCAAGAGGAAAGACAGAAAUUGGAAACAAAAACGCAGGAUCUGGAGAAAAGAGAACGCCACUUUGAGGAUCAACAAAAGAAACUAACGAAUCAUGUUGAUGAACUAAAGACGAACUCUCAGAAAGGAAGAGAUAAUUUUGUUUCAACUCAGUUACUCGACGAACACAGAGUAAAGAUUGAGCUGGAAAACAGGGAACUGCAGAAACAAAGACAAGAAAUUCAAGAUGAGUGGAAUAAGAUUAAAGAAACUCAAAUUGCAAAUUGUGAGAUGGCCAAACACUUGAAUAAGACACAAGAGAAAGUCGGAGAUUUAUGGAAAGCUUUACAGGUAAGCAAAGAGAGAUCAACAGAAGAAAUUAGUAACUUGAAAAGAGAUCUGGAAAGACAGAAAUUAGAGUUUAUCGAAUCUAAGGAACAAACAGAAAGGGAGUUAACUGCAGAAAAGCAGACUCUCCGCGAUGAGAAGGAGCAUUUAAACGCUGGGAAAAUUACUCUACAGAACCAGAUCGUUGAGUUUCAGACUGAAUCGGAGCAGAUCAGACAGAUUCUGCUCAAAGACAAACUAGAUGUUCAACUUCUGAGAGAAAAUCUGCAGGAGGACAAAUUGGAGUUUAUGAAAACAGCAGAAGGGUUCCAGAAAGAUUUCAACGAAAGUUUACAGGAUUUGAAGGAGAAGCUGGAAUUUCUGAGUCUUGAGAAGAGAAGUCUGGAGGAAGAAAAACAACGUUUCCUGAUGACCAAAUCAGAAUCAGAGAAGGAACAAGGGAGGAUUUACAAAAUCCUCGAGGAAGAAUUAGACAAUUUGCAUUUGGGAAAACAAAGUCUGGAAACACAAGUGAUGGACUUUAGGGAAGAAAUUGCUGCAGCAGGUAAGAUCUUAAAAGAGAAGGAAACUGCUCUAGAAGAAGGGCUGGAGGGUCUGAGACUUCAGAGAGAAACUCUGGAAAAAGAAAAGACAAAUUUCCAGUUAACAAAGUUCAGAUCGGAAGAGGAGAAUAAGGGAAUACAGGCAAAAGAGCUGGAAAUAUUCCAAAUUAGGAAACAAACUCUCAUCAAACAGAUGACAGACUCUGAAGAAAGAAACAUAAACUCAGAGCAGGUCAUUCAAGACAUUCAACGGGUUCUUCAGGAAGAGAGAGACUGUUUAGUAACGCUCCCACAAAACCUGGAGGAAGAGAAACUAGAGUUUAUGGAAAAAAGGGAAGCAGAAACUCACCUUUUAAAGGAGAAACAACGAGCUCUGGAAGAAGGGGUUGAACAUUUGACUCAAGAGGAAAUUAAUUCUUUGGAGGCGAGAAUGGACGAAAUUCACAGACAUAUUGGACAAUGUUUCCAGCUUCUUCAAGAGGAAGAGGGGCAUUUAGAUCAGAUUGGGCAGGAGCUGGAAGCAGCAUCUUUAAGUGUCGAAGACGAGCAGCCACCUAUGGAGGACGAGUCAGACAGUCCCACAGCUGCGUCUGAAGAUCUGGGGGAACUGAAUUUAGAAAAAACUGUGACUACCCAGGUACCCAGUGACGGGAACCCAACUCUUCACAGUCCUCAUGAUGAUGAUGAUGUCAGGGAACUGAGUUUAGAAAAAACAAAGACAAAUUCAGAAGAGGAGCAUAAAGAAAAGUAUGAAUGCUUCCUAGAUGAGUUCCAGUAUUUAGAAGCUGGGAAUCAGAGUUUAGAAGAACAGAAGAUGGACUCUCAAGAGAACGAAAAAGAUUCAGCCCAGAUUCAUCAGGAGGCGCAAACUCUGGCUGACCAUGUCUUGGGAACUGGAUACCUGUUAGGUACCCAGUACCUUGGUACCCAGCAAUGGGUUAGAGGGCACUUGUUACUUGGUACCCGAUACAGGGGCCCUGGCUACGCAGUAUGUCCUCAUAAUGAUGAAACACAAACGAUUGAACUAAGGGAAGAAAUGCAGAAAGCAUCUUUAAACGUCGAAGACGAGCAGCCACCUGUGGAGGACGAGUCAGACAGUCCCACAGCUGUGUCUGAAGAUCUGGGGGAACUGAAUUUAGAAAAAACAGUGACUACCCAGGUACCCAGUGACGGGAACCCAACUGUUCCCAGUCUUCAUGAUGAUAACGACGAGCUUCCAGAGAACCCCGGGCCUGCCCAUGGGAGCGCUGAAGAAGAAUGGGAGGCUGAAGAAGACUGGGAGGCCGAAGAGCCAACGCCUUCUACAUCUGGCCUAGGAUCCAGCUGGGACUAACCCGACUUCUACUAGAGACGUCUUCUUCCAGAACACCAAUGAAGAUCAGAAAAGCAUAUAAAAGUGAAGUAGGGAGCUUGGCAUGGGUUUAGAUUUUUUUAAACUAGGAAACAGAGAAUUUGAAUCAGGAAAACGUAAAAUUUUCAGAGAGAAGAAACUGAAUGGGUGAGAGAGUAGAUGCUGCAAACCUGCAGGAACAGGAUUGCAGGCAGAGGAAAAAAUACGAGCAGCCAAUCUAAAUUUAGUAAGUAGUAACACACAGUAACACGAGAGGUUAAACAAAGGCUCAAAGUUUAGAAGAGCAGAAAAUUAACCUGUAGUUCUUCAAGAGCUUCUGCAGGAGGAAAUAGGAAUGGGUUAAAGAUUUUAGCUCUAACAAUUACGCUUAUCAGAGCUUCUAGUUUCCGUAGACUAAGAGUCAAUACCUUAGAUGGGUUGGUUCUUGAUUUAAAAUGCCACUACAUUAGAGAGUUUUUACACUAUGUGUCUAGGAUGUAGCUUCUUCCACAAACAGGUACUAAAAUACAAACGAAGAAAGAAAAACGCAGCACAGGUGACAUCUCAAUCGAUUCAAUCAUUUCUGUGUCUCCGUGUUCUGCGUGGUGGUUUUCUCUGGGUGCUCCAGUUCACCCCCAACCCAACACAAAAUCCUAAAAUCCUGACACGUUAAGCCUAAUUUAUACUUCUCCGUCAUCGCCACGAGGGAGAGGCACGCUCGCAAGGACGGAGACAAUUUGCCCUCAGACUUCUCCGUCUCCUGGGGAGUGUUGCAAAGCAAUUCCCCGCUACGACAUUUAACCCUCUCAGGCUCAAAAUAAGUGGGGCCGACAGGAGCUAUCCGAGCAGGGCCGGCCAGGUACAGAUGGGAAUGGCCCAUGAGAGUCAAUACCUUUGAUGGGUUGGCUCUUGAUUUAAAAUGCCACUACAUUAGAGAAUUUUUACACUAUGUGUCUAGGAUGUAGCUUCUUCCACCACCAGGUACUAAAAUACAAACAAAAAAAUUACCAAAAAAAAAAACGCAGCACAACUGACAUCUCAACCGAUCUAAUCAUUUAUGUGUCUCCGUGUGCUGCGUGGGGUUUUCUCUGGGUGCUCCAGUUCACCCCCAACCCCAAAUCCUAAAAUCCUGACACUUUAAGCCUAAUUUAUACUUCUCUGACAUCGCCACAAGGGAGAGGCACGCUCGCACUGAUGGGGACAAUUUGCCCUCAGACUUCUCCGUCUCCUGGGGAGUGUUGCAAAGCAAUUCCCCGCUAGAACAUUUAACCCUCUCAGGCUCAAAAUAAGUUUUGAUAAAAGGACGAACAACUAAGUCCUUCAGGGGUACUUCUGAGUUAAAAAUGCUCACGAAACACGUAUGUGGAGUAACCAGGUACGUAGGCUUAAACGUUGCAAAUCUGCAACGCCUGCCUCCAGAGGGUUUAAACACGAUGAAAAUAUACUUCCUAUCAAACAUCUCACAUCAAUCCAGUUAAUUUAAUAGGUUUUAAAGAUCAUUGUCACGGUUCUGUCAUGGAUCUGUAUUUCUCUACAUGGACUCAUCAUGUUUUGCUCCACUGAGCUUGUUGCAGGUGGGCGUG